CUUCCCUCUUUUUUAUUGCUUCUCUCCCAAAUCAGAUCUCCCCCAACUCCAACUCCCACUUCCAUUCGUCCCUCAAUUUCCCUUUUCCAUCAUCAAUUUCCUUCCCCCCUUCAAUUUCCCUCUCCAUGAACCCCCCAAGAAUUCCUUGAAGAUCAAUUCUUGAAAACCGGAAUUAAUUUGGAAAAUUCAGGAUUUACCGCGCUUUCUUUGGGUUUUUGAGCUUCGGGGAAGAGAUCAAAUCAUGCAGCAGCCGUCCACGCAUCAGCCGCAGACUUCGAGAAAGCAGUUGCCUUUCACUUCGGCCAAGCCGCCUUUUGGUGGAGGAGGAGGAGGCGGUGAGUACCAUCACUUUGCCGCUGCUGAUACUCACCGGCCAAUUCAAGAAUUUGAUGAGGCCAUCGUCGUGAAGACGCCUCCCCCAUUAAAGCGGAAAGGCGGAGUAGCAGAUAGUGAAGUAGAAUCUGCUGAGCAAAAUGCAGGUGCUGGCAGUUUUGCUGCUCUGAAAGCUCCUGUUCAGACCCCACCAUCUGGAAAAUCAGGAAAAGCCCAAAAGGUUCCAAGGACAACAAAAGCCAAAAAAGCUGGAUCCCAGAUUCCCAUGGCAAAUAUUGGUUCUCCUGGCAGCAAUAAUCUCACUCCCGUCGGGCCCUGUCGUUAUGAUAGCUCUUUAGGUCUCUUGACGAAGAAGUUUAUUAAUCUGAUUAAACACGCAGAAGAUGGUAUUCUUGAUUUGAAUAAAGCUGCAGAUACUUUAGAGGUGCAGAAGAGACGUAUAUAUGAUAUAACUAAUGUUCUUGAAGGCAUUGGUCUUAUAGAAAAGAAACUCAAGAACAGAAUCCAGUGGAAGGGUGUAGAUGUCUCAAGACCAGGGGAAGUCGAUGAGAGUCUUCCCAGUUUGCAGGAAGAAGUUGAAAAUCUGAACAUGGAGGAGCGGAGCUUAGACGAGCGCAUAAGAGAAAUGCAGGAAAAGCUGAGGGGCCUGAGUGAAGAUGAAAACAAUCAAAAGUGGCUUUUUGUCACUGAAGAAGACAUCAAAAGCCUACCUUGCUUCCAGAAUGAAACACUGAUAGCAAUCAAAGCUCCCCAUGGCACUACUUUAGAAGUUCCAGACCCCGAUGAGGCUGUUGAUUAUCCACAGAGAAGAUAUAGAAUAGUUCUUCGAAGCACCAUGGGACCAAUAGAUGUUUACCUUGUCAGUCAAUUUGAGGAGAACUUUGAGGAGGUUAAUGCUGCUGAGGCACAAGCAAGCAUUCCUGAAACAUCAACUGCUAAUGAGCAUGCUUCUGCGCUGUCUCCGACCCAGGAGAUUAGAGGAAAUGAAGUUGAUGUGCAGGAAGUAGAAGCUCAACGAAUGUGCUCAGAAGCGAGUACAUCACAGGAUUUUUUCAGCGGAAUAAUGAAGAUCGUGCCUGAUGUUGAUAAUGAUGCCGACUAUUGGCUAUUGUCAGAUGCGGAUAUAAGCAUCACUGACAUGUGGAGGAUAGAAUCUGGCAUCGACUGGAAUAGCUUGGACACAAUACCUGAAGACUACACCAUGACAAGUAUAAGUACCCCACGAGCCGAAACUCCACCUCCAAGUACAACACCUAUGCCAUCUGUUAUGCCACAAGCUCAAACUCCACCAAGUACAAUUGAAAUGCCUUCUGCAACCAACACCACCAAGAGUUAAACAGGGUUUGAUGGUGAUGAUUUUGAAUGAAGACACUCGAUUUCUCUCUUGUUGUAUGCCAGAAGCCAAAGGAGUGGUGGCCCUGCCACUUGAAACACUAAAACAAAACAGGCAUCACCAGGAUACCUCCCAAGUACUUGGGAAGUAAAUGUGCUGGAGAAUGAAAUGGAUGUGCGUUCAGUGUACAGUUUAUGUUCAGAAGAUACCUGUAAUAGCAAUAAAUGGAUAGUUGCUGUGAGAAUUCAUGCUCUGUAUACUACAAAAACAUGUAGCUCUGUAGUAGCGCGUCGUGAAAAUUCUGUAGGCUCCUCUGUAAUAUAUAGUGAUCUAGGUUUUGUGCACGGGUACAAGAAUGCUCUUCAUCUCAGGUACGAAGUUCGUUCACUCUCAUGUCACUCCAUUGUACAAUAAUAAAUUCCUUCUCCCCAGACCCCCUUUUUCAAUUU